AUGUCAACACCAUUUGAUCUACUUAUAUUUGGUCAACGAAAAAUUGCUGCUACAGCUGGUUCAUCGCUAAAACAAGAAACAUUGACUAAAAUUCGUCUUCGUAUUGUACAACAAGUAUAUAAUGAUCGAAGACUUGUUUAUCGAAAUCGAGUUGAAACAAAUCGACGAAAUCUUGUUUUAUCAACAAUAGAAAAUACACAUAAACGUGAACAAGCUGUACAACGAACUCAAAAAGAAAAUGUAUUAACUGAUUUAAAACAAGAAAAAUAUACUAUCGAUAGUUGUCUUGCACUUUUACCAUCGUAUGAACCGAUUGAUCUUACUGAACCGAAAGAUGCCUAUCGGUUUGGUGUACGAGUUCAAUCAGCUGGUCCUCAUGUUCGUUCACGUGCACCUGAAAUUCAUUCGGCUUCAAUUCGUUCUAAUCGUGAAAAUAAUCAAUCUCGUGCUAAAUCUGCAGCAGCACAUCCUCGAUCACAUACUGCACCUGUUCACAUUUCUUAUCAUGAUGAUAUUGAAAAUGAUGAUGAAGAAAUGUCAACAUCUAUUUCACGUAUAACAUCAAGUAAAAUUUCAAAUGGUCGUUUAACAUCUGCUAUUUCAAAUGCAGAUUUACUUCAACAUUCACCUGAAUCACCUACAGAUAAUCCUGAUAUAAUAACAUCAAGUAUUUCACCACCUAUGCAUCGUAUAACAUGGCCAGUUAGAUUAAAAGUUUUUGCGUUACAAAAUGAAGAUGAAACUCGUCAACAAUUUUUAAAUUGGCUUGCUGAAAAACGUAAAAAUAAACGAAGAGAAUCAACAAAACAAUAUUUUGAUCUUGAACUUGAACGAAAAUAUCAAGAAUCAAUUCGACGACGAAAAGAAAUCGAAAGUUUUAUUACACCAGAUAUAAUUGAAGAACAUAUUAUAAAUGAUCCGAUUUUUGCUAAACGUUAUCGACAAUUACAAUUAGCUAUUCGUGCUGGUAAAGUUCCAAAUUAUGAUCCAAAAGAUCAUGAACUGAAUAUAAUAAUGACAAAAUCUAAAAUUGAACGUGUACGAACAGCACUUAUUACAGCUAAACAAUCACAAAUAAAAAAUUUUUAUCAAAAUCAACAAAGAAUUAAUAAUGCUAUUUUAUCAAAACGUAUUGAAAAUUUUUUAAAACAUCUUGCUGAAUUUAAUGAAGAACAUGAACAACAAAUUUAA